GUGGCAGCAGGACUUACCAAGCCGCUAGGGGCAGGGCGCCGCAGUGCCGUACUAGCGGGCAGCCGCUGAGGACUGCUGCGGGGCCGCGGAUAACGGAGCAGGCAGACGACCCUGGCAUUGCCUAACCCCAGCAGGGCCGCCCGAGCUCCGCAGCGCCCACUCGGGCUGCCAUCUCCUCCCUGAGCGGGCUGCGCGGGCGGGAAGACGCUCAGACGCCGGUUUCGGUCCCCUUUCUGUCUUUUGGUUCCUCUUUCCUCCCAAGUAAGGGAAUAAGCCCUGAGGAAGGAGCGCUCCGGGAAACCGCGCAACCAAGUGUUGCCUGGCGAGAGGGAGAGCAAGGGUUUCUGGAUUUACCUUGACUGCAGAUAGAAGGAUGUUCCCUGAGGAAUAGCAGAGGUCUUCGCUCAUCUGCUGGAAGGUACCCGCUGCUGCCAUAGACACUGUGGUCCUUGAGAAAUCUCCCAGAGGGCUUGUCCAUCGCAUACCUGCAAUGAGCCAGGCCCUGGGCUGGGCCUUGGCUUCACCCUGGUGAACAAAACUCCAUCCCCAGCCUCAAGCGCUCAUACCCAGCUUAAAGAUGAGUGAAGAACGCUGGGUCUCCCUCACUUCAGAAGAAUUUGACCAACUCCAGAAAUAUUCAGAAUAUUCUUCCAAGAAGAUAAAGGAUGUCUUGGCUGAAUUUAAUGAGAGUGGAAGCCUCAAACAAUUUGACUCACAUGAGACAAUUAGCUAUGACGUCUUCAAGCUGUUCAUGAGGGCAUACCUGGAGGUGGACCUGCCCCAGCCACUGAGCACGCACCUCUUCCUGGCCUUCAGCCAGAAGCCCAGACAGGAGGUCCCUGACCGCCCAAAGGAGGGGACCAGAAACAGUGAGGCCAGUGCCCCAGAUUCUAAUAUACAGAAUGUGGAUAAUGCUGCCAAAGCCGAUGAGGCCUGUGCCCCUGAUAUGGAAUCAGAGAUCACCGAGAAUCAAGUGCCCGCUAAAGAUCAAGGGGCUGCAACCUCCCUGGGAAACCCUGUUGUUCAGUCUUCAGGCUCUGAACCCCCGACCGUGUACCUGAAGGAUGUCGUGUGUUACCUGUCUCUGCUGGAGACAGGGAGACCUCAGGAUAAGCUAGAGUUCAUGUUUCGUCUCUAUGAUUCGGAUGAAAACGGCCUCCUGGAUCAAGCGGAGAUGGAUCGUAUUGUCAACCAGAUGCUGCACAUUGCUCAGUAUCUUGAGUGGGAUCCCACGGAGCUAAGGCCUAUAUUGAAGGAGAUGUUGCAAGGGAUGGACUACGACCGGGACGGCUUUGUGUCUCUACAGGAAUGGGUCCACGGAGGGAUGACCACCAUCCCAUUGCUGGUCCUCCUGGGCAUGGACGACUCUGGCUCCAAGGGGGAUGGCAGGCACGCCUGGACCAUGAAGCAUUUCAAGAAACCAACCUACUGCAACUUCUGCCAUGUCAUGCUGAUGGGCGUGAGGAAGCAAGGCCUGUGUUGCACGUACUGUAAAUAUACCGUCCACGAACGCUGUGUAUCCAAAAACAUUCCUGGCUGUGUCAAAACGUACUCAAGAACCAAAAGGGGCAGCGAGGUGAUGCAGCACGCGUGGGUGGAAGGGAACUCCUCGGUCAAGUGUGAUCGGUGCCACAAAAGUAUCAAGUGCUACCAGAGUGUCACCGCGUGGCACUGCGUGUGGUGCCGGAAGACGUUUCACCGCAAAUGUGAAUUAUCCACAGUGUGUGAUGGUGGGGAACUCAAAGACCACAUCCUACUGCCCACCUCGAUCUGCCCAAUUACCCAGGACAGGCAAGGUGGGAAGUCUGAUGGUGACACGUCAGCCAAGGGUGAACUUGUAAUGCAGUACAAGAUCAUCCCCACCCCGGGUACCCACCCCCUGUUGGUCUUGGUGAACCCCAAGAGUGGAGGGAGACAAGGAGAAAGAAUUCUUCGGAAAUUCCACUAUCUGCUCAACCCCAAACAAGUUUUCAACCUGGACAAUGGGGGGCCUACUCCAGGACUGAACUUUUUCCGGGAUACUCCAGACUUCCGUGUGUUGGCCUGCGGAGGAGAUGGGACAGUUGGCUGGAUUUUGGAUUGCAUUGAUAAGGCCAACUUCGCAAAGCAUCCACCAGUGGCCGUCCUGCCUCUUGGAACAGGAAAUGACCUGGCCCGAUGUCUCCGCUGGGGAGGAGGCUAUGAAGGGGGAAGCCUGACAAAAAUCCUGAAGGAAAUUGAGCAGAGCCCCUUGGUGAUGCUGGAUCGCUGGCACCUGGAAGUCAUCCCCAGAGAGGAGAUGGAGAACGGGGACCAGGUCCCGUAUGACAUCAUGAACAACUACUUCUCCAUUGGUGUGGAUGCUUCCAUUGCACACAGAUUCCACGUGAUGAGGGAGAAACACCCCGAAAAAUUCAACAGCAGGAUGAAGAACAAGCUGUGGUACUUUGAAUUUGGCACCUCGGAGACCUUCGCAGCCACCUGCAAGAAACUCCAUGACCACAUAGAGUUGGAGUGUGACGGGGUUGGGGUGGACCUGAGCAACAUCUUCCUUGAAGGCAUUGCCAUUCUCAACAUUCCAAGCAUGUAUGGUGGCACCAAUCUCUGGGGAGAAACCAAGAAGAAUCGGGCAGUGAUCCAGGAAAGCAGAAAGGUUGUCACUGACCCCAAGGAACUGAAAUUCUGCAUCCAAGACCUGAGUGACCAGCUUCUUGAAGUGGUGGGACUAGAGGGAGCCAUGGAAAUGGGGCAGAUCUACACUGGCCUGAAGAGUGCGGGCAGGAGGCUGGCCCAGUGCUCCUCUGUCACCAUCAGGACAAACAAGCUGCUGCCGAUGCAAGUGGAUGGAGAGCCCUGGAUGCAGCCACCUUGCACGAUUAAAAUUAUUCACAAGAACCAAGCACCCAUGAUGAUGGGACCUCCCCAGAAGAGCAGCUUCUUUUCCCUGAGAAGGAAGAGCCGUUCAAAAGACUAAACAAUGUGCCAAUUGCCAGUGAAACCAAGACAGAAAACAAGAAACUGUAACACACACACACACACACACACACACACACACACACACACUCUCCUCUCUAACCAGCAGAAGUUAAGCCACCCUUCAGGAGGAAACCUUCACUCUGCCAUACAUUCUCUUUAUUUCAAGAAUGGACAUACCCAAACAGAGCCAGUGCAACAGAACAUUUUGAAUGGACUUGGGGCCCACCAGGGUAUGGUUGGCUCAUGCAGCAAUCUCCACAUUCCCAGAAGGCCUUGGGUGAGACUUUCCCAGAUUGAAGAAGAACUCCCCCUUCCUUCCCACCAGCCCUGUAAGUUUCCUCAUGGACACUCGCGAGGAGCAGGCUGCAGGUUUCCUGCCUAUGGUGAGAUCGGAUGUGGCCAAGGGAAAGAGCUCCCAUUCCAGAGAGCCUACACAAAGGUGCCUCUGUAAAGAGACAAAUGGCCUCCAACCCUCAGAGCAUAACCCUUGGCAGGGCUCAGCAAGCGCACGUUGAGUUCUUGGUCGUCCUUCCAGCGAGAGCAACAGCUUUUCCCUGAACCUGCUGAGGAGGCAGAAAGGCUGUGCAAAGCUGUGUUUCCAUUCUUGGUUCUCUCCGCUGUCAGUGGGCACUUGUUAUUUCCCGAAGCCUUCUCCUGGUGGCUGUGUUUGUUUAGAGACGGCUCCAGGAGCCCCCAGAGCUGCCUGCACAGCAUACCUUAGAUGUGGUAUUUAUUUUCUUAGUCCUGUGAACACCUGGGAGGAAAAGCAGAGAAACUGGGAUUUAUUUUUCAAAUUGGUGUCAUAAUAUUGUAUAAAAAGGGAAGGAAAAAAAACCACCCCCAGCUUCUUUCUUUUUCAAGCCAAAGUGUGUUUCCUGUUUGAGUUCCAAGCCCUGGUGGCAGUCUAUUCCUGAAGGCAGAGAAGUCAGGCGGGAAAGGCCGUUUGCUGAAGAGACCAGGAGACAAACCAUCAGGUGGUUCCUCCAGCCUCUUUGCACCUAGUCCUCCCAGAGUAUGACCUGAUGGCCCUUCUGAUGGUCUUAUUUGUGUACAUAUGUGUUGCGUAUAUAUUUAUAAAUAUAAAUAUUUAUUUACUGAUGGACUUUUCCUGAUUUAAAAAUAUAUAUUUAGCAUAGGAACAAAAAAUGGAAAAGAUAAAGAAGGUUUUUACUCCUCCAUUCCACCAUUUCCUUGUCAAGACAUAUUGCCCUGUGGUGACUGUGAGAUUUAAGGGAAAUGAAAGUAGAUUCUUAUCAUAGAGAAACUGAGAAUUCCUAUUCUGGAUCAUUAAAACAACCAUGAAAUAUAUACUGGACAGGAUUUAUUCUUCCAUUUAUCAGAUAAGAAAACCGAGUCUCAGAAAAUUAAGAGACUUGUCCAUGAUAUCUUGGCUAAUGUGGUUUGGGAAUAGGUGCCACUUAAGAUACAAAAAAAAAAAAAAAAUAAGGAUACUCGAUAAAGAAAAUAACCACACAUCUUGGAACAGGGUCAUUUCUGGUCACUGAGAAAUGAUUCCAUUUGGAUCCAGGUUGCCAGGGAAGAAUGAAUGUGCAGCACAUGUGUGCAUAGGGCAAGCCCACAUGAGAAAAUGAGGCCUCAUGAUUGAUGCUUCUCAACGAUUCUCUUUGGCCUGAACUGAUGAGAAGUUGGUCUGAGUUGAAGGCACUGAACAGAUCAUCAGCCUCUCCACAUAUCACCUCAUCACGGUCAUCACAGUCUCUCAGCAUGGAAACAACCUGGCUGGCUGCAGGGAUAACCUCCGUGGAAAGUCCCAGGAGGGCUGAGGUAUCUUCUGCGAGGUACUGCCAGCCAGGACCCCGAAGGGUCUCAGCAAAGCUCAGUGGGCUUCAUUCAGCCGGUGCUGGCAUUACCCUCCUUUCCCGAGAGCAAAUGUCUGUGGAGCUUCUUCGAUAGAAGAAACAUUUGCCUUGCUCCCUCGGGCCUCAUCCCCUCUGAGAUUCCUCAAGAGGAAACCUGGGCUCACUGGACAUUGCUCCGCUGAGCUUCCUCUAAUCUCCUGGCACUGAGUCAGGAGCUUUGUUCAAGGAAAGGAAAAUUACGAUUGUGUGUACAAACUGAUUCUAACUCUGAAGGAAGCAGUCAUCUAGGACCGUGUGGACUGGACAUCUAGGACCAUCCUGCUCAACCUAACAGUGCAGAGCACCGGGCAAGGGGGAAACCAGGCCACCCGAAGAAUCUCCUGAGGAAUUGGAGCGAUGGUGAUGGGAUCAACAAGCUCCAGAAUGACAGCAGAUAGCAAGAGGCAGGAGAGUGAACUGAAAAGAAGAGGAUCCUAGAGCAAGUUGCUGACCCAGCUUACAGCACAGCUGCCCUCUUUCAUAAAAUGGGAAGAAUCAUUUGUGCCUCUCUGUACCAUCAUCCUCAAUGCUCGGUAGCUAUCACAGAGAAGUUGUUAUUGUUAGCAAGUAAUCAGAAUUCCAAGAAGCCACCAGCUAAGGGGGUUCUGAUGGAUGCUUUUCUCUUUCUUCAGAAAACAAGUCAGACCCCUCUAUCUUGGAAAAGUCUGACAAAUGUUCCCUAGAGGCUGCUGAGGAAGGGAGCCAUUCCACAUCCCAUGAUGGUAUGAGGGAUGAAGAACCCUGCCUGGGAAACAAGAGCAACACGGGGAGUGGGCUACAGUCCUGUCUCAGCCACAUGGCCUUGGGCAUGUCCUUUAGCCUUCUGGGCCCUCUCUUUCUCCAUCUACCAAACAAGGAGGCUCUAAAGACCUUUCCACUUCAAUGACCUUGCCUUCACCUGGGGCAAAUACUAAGGCCAUCAGAGAGAGGGCAGGGUUCUUCCCCCAGCCCUGCUGACCUAGGAAGGCUACUGCCAACCCUCAGCCAAGAUCUACCUUCCCUCUUGAGGAUUGGCCAUGCUCAGAAAUCAACUAAUUUGGGGGACCAACAUGGAACAAAACACACUACAAGGAAACUCUUUGAUAUGCCUUCCACCUAGGUAUACACACACACACACACACACACACACACACACACACACACACAUCUACAGACACACUCAAUCCCUAAAGUGUAAGUAUUUUCCCUUCUGUGUAUCAAACCUAUUUUACCCUUUCUAACUGCCAGUGUGUUAGGAGAGAAUUCAAUCCCACUAAUGGAAAACACUGCUUCCUUUUAGGGAGCUUAGCUAAACCUCAGUGUUUGGGGGUGACCCUGGGCACAAGUUGAAGCUACAGGUCCCAAAACACAUUAACUGCAGCCCAGAAAUGUAGGCUCUACCAACCGGGACUGAGGCAGUAAAUAGUUAGCACAGUGCCAGGGUCCAGAUCCUUCCCUCCUUGCUUGUCCACCUCCACUGCCUCCCCCACCCACAGAUAUGUUGUUCUGUGGUGGUGGUUGCCUGUUCCAGCCUGCCCGUCUGCCUGCACAGAGUGCCGUGGACUUAUUCUGUAAUGUACUGUGUAUAUGUAUGUCCUGACUGUGGUUUACUACAAAUAAAAAUGACAGCAGAUUGCUGACCUCUGA